GUCGACAAUCGGCACGCUCGGAUCCUGCCCCUGUGCCCCUGAACGCGGCUUGGCGUGGAAAGCGGGCAGGGCUGUGACUGUGCCUGCGCCCUGUGUUCGGGACUGCGUCGGCGACAACAGACAUCACAAGGUCUCGGCGGCUCGAGAUAUCUUGAAGAUGCCUCAGCAAGCGCUGCCCCCUUCCUGUCCACCUGGGCUGUCUGUCGGAUUGCGUCCCGGCCGGGUUUUCCGUGGCGACCCAGCGUGCCUACAAGGAUGAAUAAUAACAACAUCUGAUCGCUUCUUCAUUAGCACCGCGGGCCGGCAUUUCCAGGCUCGGGCUCAGGGUCGAGGGCCGGCGGUCGCCGGGUCCCUGCAAAGUGGAUAGGGGACGACAACGAGCUAGAGGGCGACGAAGGGCGAAGACCACCACCAGAUAGCGAAGAGGAAGGAAAACUCUGCAGCCCGGUCUUCCACAUAGACAUUCUUGACUUCUGCACCGGCGAAUCUGUCUCUCAAAAACGGCAGCAGUCAGUCUCCUGAAUGAAAUAAACCCUGAAAGGCUCCCCCGAGUCCCGACAACCUUCCUCGUCGCCGGCUUAAUUUGAGUCAGUCAAGUUCCAAGGCUGUUUACCGAUUCAGUGAAAGAGGGGCGGGACAACAGAGUCUCGGCCAAGGUGCAGGCAAUACACAAAGUGACAAACAACGUCGCCACAAAUCACCCCAAAACGGCCUCACAAAUCGCGUGUCCAAAGGCAAGGCGUUGUACAGAUCGUGUCUCAAGUGAUCCAAAAGAUACCCGGUGACACGGAAGCCUCAAGCCACCCCGUCUGUGCAGCAAAAAAGAUCCAAGAUGGCCAAGCACGACCUGCAUGAGUUCCUGACGGCCCUGCCCAAGUGCGAGCACCACAUGCACCUGGAGGGCUCUCUCAGCCCGGAGCUGCUCUUCACGCUCUCGGAGCGCAACAAGAUCGCCCUGCCGCCGGCCUCCGAGGACCCGGCCUUUGCGUCCCCAGCCGCCCUAUACGAGCGCUACAGCCGGUUUUCCUCCCUGGACGACUUCCUGCACUACUACUACAUCGGCUUCACGGUGCUGAUCCACGAGUCGGACUUUGAGGACCUCGCCUACGCCUACUUCGAGAAGGCUGCCGCCCAGGGGGUACGGCACGCCGAGGUCUUCUUUGACCCGCAGGUCCACGUCAACCGCGGGGUCAAGUACGAGACGGUCGUGGGAGGGUUCACCAAGGCGCGGAGGCGCGCCGAGGAGAGCCUCGGCGUCUCGAGCCUGCUCAUCCCGUGCCUGCUGAGGCACCUGCCCGUGCCGGAGUCGGUGGCAUGCUUCAAGACGAUGCGCGAUGCGGGCCACUUCCGCGACGGCACGCUGGCAGGCAUGGGCCUCUGCUCGACCGAGAAGGACAGCCCGCCGUCGAUGUGGAAGGAGGCGUUCGCUCUCGCGGGGAAGGAGAAUGUGCGGCUCACCGCGCACGCGGGCGAGGAGGGCCCCGCGGCGUACAUCACCGAGGCGCUGGACGAGCUGAAGGUGUCGCGGAUCGACCACGGCGUGAACGCGAGGCACGAUGAGGCCGUGAUGGAGAGGUUAGCGCGGGACAGGGUGAUGCUGAGCGUGUGCCCGCUGUCGAACGUGGUGCUGAGGGGUGUGACCAAGGUCAGCGAGGUGCCGAUCCGGACAUUCCUGGACAAGGGCGUGCGCUUCAGCAUCUCCAGCGACGACCCGGCCUACUUUGGCGGAUACAUCCUGGAUAACUACUUGGCCGUGCAGGAGGCUUUUGACCUCAGCGUGGAUGAGUGGAACACGAUUGCCGUGAAUGCGGUCGAAGGGUCGUGGUGCGGUCAAACUCGAAAAUCCGAGAUUCUGUGGGAGAUCGAAAAGCUUGUGGCAGAGACAAAGGGCAACAAGGAGAGCGCAUAGAUUUAUAGAUCUUUCUAUGAGACGUAGGGGAUGAGCAAACGCCGAUAUAUAUCCAAGACCUCAGGUCUGUCUGGUUCGAAUACACGAAACAACCACCAAAUGCCUCGGACCCAAACGCCCUGCCGAUGCGUGUUGAACAAAGGAAAUGAGAGCGAACUGCUCGUUGAGAUGGAAAGAUAGAAAAGUGAAACCGACUUGAAAGCAUUCUAGGCCAAUUUAAAAUCAAAUCACAAUGCCGCGCUGAGACCAACCAUUCUUUCCCUUCCAGGCCCACAGCACCAGCAGGCAAGAGAUCCAAACACUGAUUGCCAUCGCCCAGUAAGCGGUGGCAUAGCACUGGGUACCGUAGCAGAAGAGGUCGCCAUUCCCUGCCUCUGGCGGAUUCGGGCUCUUCUCUGCGCCAGCUUGAUAAACAGCCGAGUAGACCAAGCCCCAGAGCGUGUUUCCAAGCGCUGGGAAAGUCGCAACGAUGCCCCAGUUCGUACCAAAAUUCUCGACGCCCCAGAUUAUCGUCACAAUAAUGGGAGUAAUGCUGAAAAGUGCUCCAUACCCCGCCCCGAUAAGACUGGACACGAUCCAAAAUCGCUCGCCGUGGUUCUGUAUCGCGCCCGAGGCCAGUACAGCCAAGCCAAUGGACAUGAGGAGUGCAAAGAAGAGGAGGAAUGUGACACGAGAAAUCGAGAACUUCAUGCGGUGGAGAAUGGUGCGAGCAGGCUGGCCGGAAGGAAUCUGCACGUAUUGUGACACUGGCGUCGGCGCCAGCAGAUCUGUCAGAGCCCCUAUCAGGAGACGGAUGACCGUGCUCGUGGCGCAAAUGAUUGAGACAUGGGUUGCAGCUGAUGUGGAUGAGCCAAUGAGGAUGGCAGUGGGCGGGUAGAGAGUCUUGAUGACGGUGCCCAUGUUGUUGAUGAAAGCCUCGCCGGGACCGAUGGUGCAGAAGAACCCAGCCGCCAGAAACCACAUUGUGUGGUCGUUGAGGAACCGCCGAGUCUCGGCGUUGAGAACCCAGUUCUUCUUGAAAUUUGGGUCGUCUUCGAGAUCCGCAGCCGGGUCCAACAGGCGGGCGUCCUCCUCGUCCUCCAGCGGGUUGGACCUCUCGAUGGUGCCAUAGCCACCGGCCGACGUGCGCCCCGGGGUGAAGAGUGCACUUCCAUCGAGAAGACCACUCCUCUCGAGCUCCUCCACGGCUUCGUCGAUAAGAUCUUGCUCGUCGAUGACCUUCAUGGUCAAACUCCCGAUUAUGCCCACCACAAAAAGCAAGACGGCCAGGAAGAUGAAGAACGAGACGGCGUUGAUAUCCCCCUUGCUUCCAUCAGGAUUGCGCUCGUAUAGCAGGCGGCUGCCAACCUGACUCUGCCACAUGCCCGAGAGACCAACGGCAGUGAUUGGCAUCGCCAGCGCUAGCCCACGAUGCUUGCCCUUUCCGAAGUUCUUGGCGCACGUGGUGACCGAACUGAUGUAGAGGGCGCAGGAACCCAUUCCGAUGCAGAUGAAAGCAACGACCAUCAGGGCGUAGGAGAGCUUUCCCGGCUUUGACCCGCCUGCUGCCUCGCCCUGCUUGUAGAGUAUUGCCGCCAGGCCGUAGCCAACCCCAAACAGCACAGCCGAGACUCCGGCCAGCGGUGCAGGCCCGGCGCGAUCGCAGAUGUAGCCGAAGAAAGGGACCAGUAUGUAGAGCGCAAAGCUGGCAACAAUGGAGAUGCCGUUGACUUGGUACUGGGUGUAGUGCAGUCGCUCCUGGAAGAGAUGGCCGUACAGCGAGAAGGCGGUUAUGGAGCCAGCGCAGAGCGCAGCCAAGAUGGCACCGACGAAAGAGACAUUUCGUUUGGUAACGAGGGCAGCACGGCGGCGGUGCCUGAAGGAGGGACUUGGUGAGUCGGAGCGGUAGGAAGAGGCUGGGCUGCUGAGGACAGAUGAGGCGUCGUCCUCGGUGGAGGAUGCGGAGGGCUGGAGCAGGGGAUUUAUGCUCUCGCCGGCCUUGUUCGGGGACGGAGGAGGAGGAGGCUGGUGCUUACCACCGCUCUUGGUGGCGCCGGUCAUGGUGUGGGUUGGUGGUUU